AUCGGUGUGAAAAGUAUAUACUUAGAUCGUAAAAAUAAUUUUGUACAAAAAUGACGGCUGACAAAAAUAUAAUUGCUCAGAUAGAAAAAGCAACAAGUGUAGUUAUUGAUGGUUCCGAAGUUGAUACUGAGGUCAAGAAAAUAGUUAAUGCUGUUCAUGCGUUGAGCAAUGACGAUAAAGUGAAAAUAUUACUGCAAGCUGUAAAUCGUAUUGAUUUGACAAGUUUGAAGGGAGGCGAAACGUUUGAAGAUAUCAACAAGUUGUGCCAAGAUGCUGAGUGCAAGAAUUUAAAUGAUUUUCUCAAACAAGAUAAAACAGUUUACACCGCAGCUGUUUGUGUUUAUCCUGCCAGUGCACAAGAUGCAAUUAAAUCCUUAAAAGAUUUGAACCUCAGAGAUAAAGUAGAAGUUGCCAGUGUAGCUGCAGAUUUUCCAGCUGCCAAGCUCCCACUUCAGACUCGCAUCGAUGAAAUCAAACUUGUGGUCGGAUAUGGAGUGGAUGAAGUUGAUGUUGUCAUUAAUAGACAGCUGGCUCUUGAAAACAAUUGGCUGGAGCUCUAUAACGAACUAAAAUCAAUGCGCGAAGCUUGUGGUAAGGCAAAGCUGAAGACUAUCCUUGCAACUGGAGAUUUGCCGGAUGUAAAGCACGUUUAUGUGGCCUCGAUGGUAGCCAUGCUAGCUGGUUCUGAUUUCAUCAAGACAUCCACGGGAAAAGAAACUGUGAAUGCAACCCUCACAAAUGGUGUUGUCAUGUGUAAGGCAAUAAAAGAUUACUAUGCCAUUAGUGGAAGAAAGAUCGGUUUGAAGCCAGCUGGUGGCAUUGUAACUGCAGAAGAUGCCUUGCAGUGGAUGACACUUGUUGACAAACACUUGGGAAAGGAGUGGUGCACAAAAGAUCUGUUUCGAAUCGGUGCAUCUCGUGCUCUUACUAACAUUAUCACGGAAGUGCAGUCACUUUCAGCUCACUAAAACAACACUAAUAACCGA